AUGGGUGACAUAUUUUCUCCAAUUCAAGUCCAAUUGGAAAGAAUCGAAAGACAGAUGGAAAAGCUUUGCACUGGAAUAGGGAGGAUGGUGGAGCAGCAUUCCAAGAUAGGAAGGUUUCUAAUAGCCCAGGAAAAGAUAUUAACCAGAAGAACACAGACCCUCCAAAACGGAGAGGCGCUUUGA